AUGCGCCGACUUACUGUUAUGUUCAUGGCUUCGGCCGUGGCAGCGCAGUCUGCCGACCUCUCUAGCUAUGUUUUGACAGACACUGGCACCGUGGCUGGUGGAAAUGCGUUUCCGGGCGUAUCUCGUCCGUUAGGCAUGGUUAAAAUCGGACCCGAUCUGGAGAACGGAGUUGACGCUUAUUCUGGCUACCUGCCUGAUGGCCACUUCAUCGGCUUUUCUAUGCUUCACGAACAUGGCACCGGCGGCGCCCCCAAAUACGGCGUAGUCAACCAGAUGCCUGUCGUUGGCGCCGUCGACAACCCUCUGACUCGAAACACCGACACCAGGGCGCAGCCAGAUGAGACUGAAGUCGGCCACUACAAGUCUUUCCUCAGCUCUGGAGUUGUAGUCGAGCUGGGAGCCACGGAGAGGGCGGGAUUGUACCAGUACAGUUUCCCGGGGAACGGCAGCACCCAGGGAAACGUCAUUGUGGACGUCUCGCAUGUUCUGCCAUCAUACAGAGGACAGGGUCUUGGCCAAAACUAUCUGGGAGGUAAGAUUGAAGUGGUGGAGGCCGACGACGGUCUUCACUACGAGGGCCAUGGCUACUAUGAUAAUGGAUGGAACCGUGCUGAGGAAUGGCAGGUAUUCUUCUGUGGAUACUUCGACCGUCCGGCAGCGUAUAAAACAUUUCUCGGCGUCGACCGCAUGUCAACGAGCCUCGCUAAAUACGGCAACGAGACGAGCCACGAGUCUAGAACGCAGCGCUUGGGUGCCAUCUUCACCUUUGAAGAUGCCACCGUAAGAUCAAGAGUUGGAGUCUCGUUCAUCUCAACCACUCAAGCAUGCAAGAAUGUCAACUCAGAGAUCCCCGCAGACAGGAGCUUCUCAUCUGUGAGGCGAGCUACACGAGAAGCAUGGAACUCGAAGGUUCUCUCCAAGGUCAAGACGACGGAGACGGAAACGCGGAAAUUGAACCAGCUGUACUCGGCCCUGUACUUCAUGAACUUGCUGCCCACUAACAAGACGGGCGAGAAUCCGCUCUGGAAGUCAUCAGAGCCUUACUACGAUGACGUCUUCACGUUCUGGGAUACAUUCCGCUGCACCACAUCCCUCCUCCACAUCCUCCAGCCCGAGGCCUACGAGGAGUUUAUCCGCUCCAUGAUCGAUAUUUGGCGGCACGAGGGUUACGUCUCGGACGCUCGAUCCUCCUUUUACAACGGCGCCGUCCAGGCCGGGUCCAACAGCGACAACGUCCUCGCCGACGCCUACGUCAAGGGCGUCCGCGGCGCCGUCAACUGGGACGACGGUCUCUUGGCCAUGCUCAAAAACGGCGAGGUGACACCCCCUCCCAACAACGACCCGCGUGACCGCUCCGGCUCCACCAAGGAGGGCCGCGGCGCUCUCCCGGACUGGCUCGAUCUCGGCUGGAUCUCGCCCCGCUUCGCCCGCGCCGUCACCCGAGCCGUCGAGUAUUCGGUUAACGACUUCAACAUCUACCAGGUCGCCAAAGGGCUGGGCGUUUCUGACGUCGCCAAAAGGUACCUGAAGCGGUCCAGGAAUUGGCGCAACCACUGGAACAAGGAUAUGACGAGUCAUGGCUUCAGCGGCUUCAUGGGCCCGCGCAACGCCGACGGCAGCUUCCCGCCGCAAGACCCCCUCAACUGCGGCGGCUGCUACUGGGCCGAGGCCUACUACCAGGCCACACCGUGGGAAUACUCGUUCAACGCGCAUCACGACGUCGCGCACCUCGUCAAUCUGACGGGUGGGGCACAGCGCUUCUCCGACAGGCUGGAGAAGACAUUCGAGCCGGGCCAGUUCGCGGGCAACGGUGCCUUUGGUAACACCAUCUUCAACCCGGGCAACGAGCCCUCCUUCGGGACCCCAUACCUGUUCAACUUUGUCAAUAAACAGCACCUCUCGGUGGAGCGCUCCCGCUUUGUCGCAAAAUCUUAUUACAAGCCUGCGCCCAACGGCCUGCCAGGCAACUCUGACGCUGGCGCCAUGGAGUCUUGGCUGUUGUGGAAUAUGAUUGGGCUGUACCCUCUGACGGGUCAGACGACCUUCCUCAUCGGCUCACCGUGGUUCUCGGACCUAACCAUCUCGCUCGGCGACGGGCGCGAGCUCAAGGUGUCGUCCACGGGGGGCUCCGAAGACGCAUAUUACGUGCAGAGCCUGCGCGUCAAUGGCAAGCAGUGGGACAAGGCGUGGGUGACUUGGGGGGACAUCUUCGCCAACGGCGGGACUCUGGAAUUUGAGCUGGGCUUUGCACCAAAGGAAUGGGCGACCGGUGAUCUGCCGCCUAGUCCUGCCAGCGCAGAGGACGAAGAAGAAGCGGAGGUCGCGGCGCUGAGGCAGCAGCCUCAACGAAGAAUGGUUCAAGAUGAACAGAAGACUAUCGGAUAG